CUUUCUGCGUCACGAUAUACACAACAGCCCGGAGCUGCAGUGGGGCCGCAGCAGCAACACGGAAAAGACAGGAGGGGACUGCCUGGUAGCGACGCAGCUAGCUAGCCACCUCCAUGUGUUUGCUCUCACAAGGCUGAAGGGUGUGUGACGGCGCCGUGACCGCGUUUUAAGGAUUUUUGCCCCCCUCAGCUUCUUGAUCCUGUUGAAGUCUCCGGUACAUCAGGUGGACAGCAGUGACCGAUACGGACAUGGCGACAUCCAGCUCCUGUGUUGUGAUCAGUGAUGAGGAACAGGGGUAUGACCUGGACCUUUUCUGCAUACCAAAGCACUAUGCAGCUGACCUGGAGAGAGUCUACAUCCCACAUGGACUCAUCUUGGACAGGACAGAGAGGCUGGCCCGGGAGAUCAUGAAGGACAUGGGGGGGCACCACAUUGUGGCCCUCUGUGUGCUCAAAGGGGGCUACAAGUUCUUUGCAGACCUGCUGGACUACAUCAAGGCCCUAAACAGGAACAGCGACCGUUCAAUCCCAAUGACAGUGGACUUCAUUCGCCUUAAGAGCUACUGUAAUGACCAGUCGACGGGUGAAAUCAAAGUAAUUGGUGGGGAUGACCUGUCAACUCUGACAGGAAAGAAUGUCCUGAUUGUGGAGGACAUUAUCGACACAGGGAAGACAAUGAAGACGUUGUUGCAACUUCUCAAACAGUACAAUCCCAAAAUGGUGAAAGUAGCAAGUUUGCUGGUGAAGAGAACACCGAGAAGUGUUGGCUACAGACCAGACUUUGUCGGAUUUGAGGUUCCUGACAAAUUUGUGGUGGGAUAUGCACUAGACUACAACGAGUACUUUAGGGAUCUAAAUCAUAUCUGCGUCAUUAGUGAAACAGGGAAGGAGAAGUACAAGGCAUGAAGAGCACUUCAGUACUAUAAUUAUUGUAUGGUUGUUUCUUUUGAUUUUUUGCAGUUGAUUUUAUAUUUGAUUUCUAUAUAUUUGUGUCAUGAAAACAAUAUCCAGCUGCGUGCGGCUAAUGUCACAUGGAUCUUAUGCUCAGGGUCCCUGAGGAUACACUGAUACGGUGAUAAUCCUGAUGUUUGCAUUACCAGUUUUAGUCACCACACACACAAUGUCAUUCAACUUUUGAGAAAUUUGAUUGCCUUAGAUCGAGCCAUGUCUGUGGUACAGCAUGGAGCUCAGCUUUGUCUGAAAUGAGCAUAUAAUGCCCCUGUGCCCCAUCACACCUAUUAAUAUCCAAUGUGUUAGUCUUGUUUUUUUUUUUUUUUUUUUUUCCAGAGGGGUAAUUUAUUCAGAGCAAUGCUGCUAGACUGAAGUAGAGCAUCACAAGUCUUUUGCUACUUCAACAUUUCGACAGCCUCCUAUUUUAUAAACUGUUGCUUUCAUCUUAAUAAGUCUCUACUUUUACUUGGAAAUAAUUGUUUUACUGGCACUCUUAAAGAUGUUUCACUCUCAACAACACAUUUUGGCAACUUUUCAAAGCAACGUGUAUUAAAACCAAAGGAAUGUGUUAUUGUUAAGAUAUGCUGUUUAUUAAGGCAACGUGUAAAGUAACACAAAUGUUAGUUAUCCAAACCAGCCACAUGGAUCUGUUGAAAAUGAGACAUCCUUUACUUAUGAGUGUCCAAAGUAAAGAAAUGUUUGUCUCCAACAGAAGUUGGCGUCCAUGCAUCACUUUUUGUACGAUAAAGAGAAUGAUGAAAAAUAUUGUUUGCACCUGUGCAAAUGUACCGUCGUUAAUUUAGGUUAAAGGGUCACUGCAUCAGACACUUGACAUAAUUUAUCUGUAACUACCGUUAAUUGAAUCAGGCAUACUUUUGAGAUAAUUUACCUUUAACUGCCUUUUAUAUAUGUCUUUAAUAUUCACUGUAUAAUAGAACUUCAUCCAGUGUUGCUGUGACUGUAAACCAGUUUCAACUGCAUUUUGCAAUAUCAGCCAUUAAAUGUUCACACCCCUGCUGUGACCAGUGGAUCUCCCCAGGAUGACAUGUAUAUAAAGUAACACUAAGGAAGCUGAUAAUUCACUUAUUGUCCAUUUAAUGAUGCAAAUAAAGGGGAAAGGAUGAGUGAUUUGGAGUAGCUAAAAGGGUUCCCAAAAAGUGUGUUACUGGGAUUUGAUCAGUAGUAUUUACAUUAUGUCGGGAAGCCAAUAAAACUUGAAGCUUUCUAGGAAUGGCAGCUGCUCAUCCUCCAGUGUGUGUACAGGACAGCAGAGGGACCCGGUGUGUGUGUGACCUGUGUCAGUGUGAUCAGACCAUGACCUCAAAGCUCCCUGGCCUUACAGAAAGUCACUGAUUAGGGCCAAACAAAAGCCAUGUUGUCCACUACACCCCCAUUAACAAAGAGCCAAGGAGAGGGGCUGCACAGAACCAUGUUAUCCAAUUAACCAUCAGGGCUGAAAACAUGCUGGGAGAGCCAAAAGCUAGCCCAUUUUAUUUAAAAAUCACAUUAUCUUAAAACAAAGUUCAGCUUUGUUUUGUACCCAGUGAUCUAUUCCAUGUAUGCCCAGUUAUGACUGUAAUCUGACAUUUCUCCCUGUAUUUUGUAUUACUUUUUCCACUUCGUGCUGCCUCCAUGGAAUGACUAAAGACUAUCAAAUGUGGAUUGAUCACAUGUCGAGAUGAUCUCUGGAAACGCUUACAUUAUCCCACAUGAUUAAAAUACAACUAUUGCAACUAUUAAA